AAUGCAAAUAAGUCUAGAAGUAUUGGACAGGAUGAGAAAAAUAGAACCAGGAAUAGAUUUGUUGAUAUUAUUCCAUUCGACGAUAACUAUGUUAAACUAGACUGUGAAGAAGGAAACCCCCCGUCUGAUUACAUAAAUGCCUCAUAUAUCCGUGGAAUACCAGGAGUAAGAGAUAUGAUAGCUACUCAAGGACCUAAACAGAAUACAGUUGUUGAGUUCUGGAGGAUGAUAGUAGAGAAGGGAAGUCAACAUAUUAUCAAUCUAACCAACUGUAUGGAGGGGGGAAGAGUUAAAUGUUUCCAGUACUGGCCUCCAAAUGGACAAAUGCUUCAUUUUGAUGACGUCAGUUUGUUUACAAAACAAGAAGUUGAACUCCAACCUGGACUUUUCCUUAGAACUAUUGAGGUACAGCUGGGAGAUGAACCAGAAUGUGAUAACCAUAUUGUAAAGCAGCUACAUCUAACCAGUUGGCCAGACCAUGGUGUUCCAAAUAAUAUUAAUAAUCUUUUAGGAUUUUUGCGAAUAGCAGAUAGUUUUGGUGGAGAAGGGUUCACUGUGAUACACUGUAGUGCGGGAGUGGGUAGAACAGGAACCUAUAUAGCACUAACCUCCCUAAUCUACCAAGCCCAGCAUAAAGCUGAGAUUGAUGUUAUGAAAACUGUGUUCCAACUAAGGAGUCUAAGACCUAAACUAGUUCAGGCAUUUGAACAGUACAAACUCUUAUACCAGGUGCUGGAUGUCUACUUGAAGAGUGAUGAUGUAGAUGAAGAGGAUGGAGUAGGAAGAGUUGGAGGUGAUGCAGUGCUAGAUGCUGGAAUAGAUAACUUUGGUUUCGAACAUGUCAAGUUAUAGCCAUUAAACCAGAGUGCAGAGUAAACGUCAAAAAUCUGCACGAAAAGUGAAACUGAGCUGAGAACUUUAAUUCCGAAUGCUUGAUCUUGAUAUCCACAAUGGUCACUUUUAAAUUUCAAAUAGAAUCUGCUUGAUCUCUUGAUUUUGGAUAUUCUAAAUUGUUCUGUUCUGUCAUUGGUUGAAUGCAAAAUUCCCUGGCUUCUGAUAGGCUGUUAGUUUUCCAAAGACGACAUUCUUCACAGGCUUUUAAAUAAUAAAUUAAUUUGUAGAUCAAGAUCAAUCAUUGAUCUCGAUAUCCAUUAUACAUUCCCAACUCUGGCAAAACGUAAUAUUUUUAAAGAUUAUUUAUUCUUGUGGAUCAUGUCAAUCAAAUCUAAGGAGUUUUACGGGUUAUUUCCAUCUUAUGCCUACUGUGACGUAAUAGGACAGCAUGGAGCUAGAGUUUUAUUGUAAACAAAUAACAAGAAAUGGAGCUCCCUGCCGUCCCAGGGAAUACAAAUUUUUUAACAAUAUUUUUUAUUGCUUACAAUCAAACUAGGUAACUAAAAACAGUGUCAUGAUCGCCUUCUUUACUCUUUAUUAUACUUAAAGGUAAUGUAAGUGUAAUUUCAACUGACCCUUCAAACAGAGAAUAGAGAUGUCAAUGCCCGAUUCCCAACCGUACCCUUGAAACCUUUAUCUGAUCAAUAAUGUGGAAGAUAUUUUCGUUAAGUUAUGAUAAUUCAAAGAUUGAUAUCUAAUUAAUACUUGAUCAGACAAAGUUUUUAAGGUUACCAUAUUGUGUAUCGGGCAUUGUCAUCUUUGAAUUUACGCUUACAGCAGCAGUUUCAUUUAUUAUUAUUGAUGUAUGGGUUAACUUAUUUAUCACUUAUAAAAAUAAUGUUUAUUAUAUUUUUUAAUUCGUUUACUGUAAAAUCAUUGCACAGUUAUUGUUUUUGAUACAUUUUUGUAAAGUGACAAAAUAGUAUGGCAAUUAGAACGCCAAUUAGAGAUAUCUUUUAAUUUUAAUUCAUCAUCAAAAGCAAUGCCAAAACUCGGAGACUUGCCUAUACAGGCCCAAUUAUUUCAAAUCAAAAAUAGCUUAUAAAAAUUAUAUCUAUUUUUACUUUACAUUUAUCAUUUCCCAUGUUUUCCGUUCCUGGCCUUGAUGGAUAAAAAGAGACAUUUUUAUAAUCAAAUAUUAUGAUAUUACUAAAUUAAAUUUUUAGGUCUAUAAAACGGUUUUGAUUUAAAAGGAGUGUUCGCAGAAUUUGAAUAUGAUAAAAUUUUAGUUUAAUCACUUUCAAAACUGCUAACCUUUCCUUUAAUUAAAAGAUAUGAUUAUAACAGGCUUGAUGUUGCAUGUUAUAACUGAUAUGUUGUGAUAUUAUUGUAAAAAAGAACCAAGAAAGAUACUUUACAACUUAUAGUUUAGUUUUGCGUAAUUCAAAAUAUAAAAUUUUAAGAGUAACAAAAGCCUGUUUAUCCAACCAAAUUGAUGUGUUAGAGAUAAACAUUGAGCUAAAUUAGUUCUUGCAUGGGCGACUUCCUGGCAAUACUGUGCUGUACUUAUUAACAUCAGUUUACUUAUUCACUGUACUGAGUGUACAUGUAAUAAAUACCGUGGCAGAUCCCAUAGUUA